AUGACCCCCAAAAAACUCCGAACAAAUCCUUGCGUCAUCCAAAAUCUUCUGCAACUCACCUCGCGCGGCCACCUCCGUGAAGCCGUUGACGCAUUGCCCCUCGCAUCCCGCCAGGGAUUCUCCGUCAGCCCCAAGAUAAUCGCCGCCCUCAUCCGACAAUGUGCGGCCAAGAAAUCGAUCAAGGAAGGCAAGCUCGUCCACCUCCACCUGAAGCGCACCGGCUCGAAGCACCCCGGCCCCUUUAUUUCCAACCACCUGAUCAACAUGUACGCGAGUUGCGGCGACCACGAGACUGCCCGCCAGGUGUUCGACAAAAUGCGCGACAGAAAUCUGUACUCCUGGAACAACAUGUUGUCUGGUUACGCAAAUCUGGGUAUGACUCGAGCCGCAAAGAGGCUGUUCGAUAAAAUGCCGGAGAAGGAUUUCGUUAGCUGGAACACGAUGGCUGUAGCGUAUUUGCAGUGUGGGUGGUUUAACAAGGCCUUGAUGUGUUAUGUGGAGUUGAGAAGGUCAGCCAUAGGGUAUAACGAGUACAGUCUCGGUGGGGCCCUGACUGCUUGUGUCAAGUCGAGGGAUCUAAGGCUCGGCAAGCAGUUCCACUGUCAGGUUCUUGUUCUCGGGUUUUUAUCGAGUGUGAUCCUCUCGAGUUCUUUGGUUGAUGCGUACGCAAAAUGUGGAGAACUGGGUUUUGCGAGGAGAUUAUUUGAUGAAAUGACUGAAAGGGAUAUUGUUGCUUGGACAACUUUAGUUUCGGGCUAUGCUUUAUCCGAAGAUAUGGGUUCUGCUCGGGAAAUAUUCGACUUGAUGCCCGAGAAAAAUUCGGUUUCUUGGUCUGCUUUAAUUGCCGGGUAUGCCCGUAACGGGAUGAGUUGCCGUUCGCUCGAGUUGUUCAAGAAAAUGAUCGAGCUUCGGUUAGAACCCGAUCAGUUCGCUUAUAAUAGCUGCUUAUUCGCCUGUGCGAGCAUGGCUUCAAUCAAUCACGGUAAACAAUUUCACUCUCGUUUGAUAACCUCCGGCAUUAGGCCUAAUGUAGUCGUUUUAAGUUCCUUGAUCGACAUGUAUAGCAAAUGUGGAGAUUUAGAUAUGGCGAAAAGGGUUUUCCAUAAAAUACAAGAUAAUAAUAAUCAGCAUGCCACCGUGUUGUGGAACACGAUGAUAUCCUCAUUAGCACAUCACGGGCGAAGCAAAGAAGCAAUAGGAAUUUUUUCGGGUAUGUUGAGUUUAGGUGUUAAACCGGAGAGUUUAACUUUUGUCGUCCUUCUUAACGCCUGUGGCCGUUCAGGGCUCGUGCAAGAAGGGCUUCGUUUGUUUGAGUCCAUGAAGCCGUAUUACCAUAUUGCCCCUGGUCAGGAGCACUACGCUUGCUUGGUCAGUUUGUUGGGCCCGGCUGGAUUUUUCGAUGAGCUGAUGAAUCAGCUGAAGAUAAUGCCUUUUUAUCCAGAUGAUCGAGUUUGGAAUGCUUUACUCACUAUUUGUAAAACCCAUGGGAGGAAUAUGGAGUUUGGUAGAACAAUGGCUAAACAUCUUGUUGGGCUCGACCCACAAUCCCCUGCAGCAUAUCUUUUGCUUUCUGGUAUUUAUGCUGCAAUCGGGAGAUGGGAAUCUGCACAAGAGGUUGAACGGCUUGCAAAGUUGCGUUAUUUGAAAAAACAAGAGCUCGUUAGUUGGGUAGAAAUAGAUAGAGUUGUCCGGUUAGGUCAUGAACCUAAUACAUUGGAUCGUCCUCAAAAGGAGACGAACAUCGUUUUGGAAUUGUUAUCUGAUGGUGGAUCGGAUUGUUAG